AUGAUCGGAGUGAGGAGGCUGGUGGUGGCGGCGCUGGUGGCGCUGUGGCUGUGUACGGCGGCUGUGUGUGCGGAGUACAUGAAAUACAGAGACCCAAAACAGCCAUUGAAAGUGAGAAUCAAGGAUUUGAUGAGUAGAAUGACCCUCGAAGAAAAAAUUGGUCAGAUGACUCAGAUCGAGCGCAAGGUUGCAUCUGCAGAUGUUAUGAAGAGUUACUUUAUUGGGAGUGUUGUAAGUGGUGGAGGAAGUGUGCCGGGCCCGAAAGCUUCCAUCGAGGCUUGGGUGAAUAUGGUGAACGAGUUCCAAAAGGGCGCACUUUCAACUCGUCUGGGAAUACCUAUGAUUUACGGUAUUGAUGCUGUUCAUGGACAUAACAAUGUGUACAAUGCCACCAUUUUCCCGCACAAUGUUGUCGAAUUUUUGUUGAAUCUGAAUAGGGAUCCAGAUCUUGUUAAAAGGAUAGGUGUUGCAACUGCUCUUGAAGUUAGAGCAACAGGAAUUUCUUACACGUUCGCACCUUGUAUUGCGGUGUGCAGGGAUCCUAGGUGGGGCCGUUGUUAUGAAAGCUUUAGUGAAGACCAUAAAAUUGUGCAGUCAAUGACAGAACUCAUUCCUGGUUUACAAGGAGAUGUUCCUUCAAAUUAUCCAAAAAGUUACCCGUUUGUGGGUCCAAAGACGAAAGUUGCCGGUUGUGCAAAGCAUUUUGUGGGGGAUGGUGGUACGAUUGACGGUAUAAACGAGAAUAACACGGUUAUAGACUGGAAUGGACUGCUAAAUAUUCAUAUGCCGGCUUAUCUGGACUCGAUCAGAAAGGGUGUUGCAACAGUAAUGGUGUCCUACUCGAGCUGGAACGGCGUGAAGAUGCAUGCGAAUUACGAUCUCAUUACUGGCUACCUAAAGAAGACACUCAAAUUCAAAGGAUUUGUCAUCUCGGAUUGGCAGGGUAUCGACAGGAUCACGAGCCCACCGCAUGCGAAUUAUUCUUAUUCAGUUCAAGCAGGAAUUCUUGCAGGAAUUGAUAUGAUUAUGCUUCCUGAGAGCUUCACCGAAUUUAUCGAUGAACUGACCUUACAAGUGAAAAACAACAUCAUCCCCAUGAGCAGGAUAAAUGAUGCAGUUCAAAGAAUAUUAAGGGUCAAAUUCACCAUGGGUUUAUUUGAGAAUCCUAUAGCUGAUCUCAGCCUAGCAGAUAAACUUGGCAGCCAGGAACAUAGGGACUUGGCAAGGGAAGCUGUGAGAAAAUCUCUUGUCCUGUUGAAAAACGGGAAAAAUGCUAAUCAGCCAUUGAUUCCACUUUCUAAAAAAGUGCCGAAAAUUUUAGUUGCUGGGACUCAUGCCGAUAACUUGGGGUACCAAUGUGGAGGCUGGACGAUCGAGUGGCAAGGUGUUCCGGGCAAUGAUCUCACAGUUGGCACCACAAUCUUAGCUGCUGUCAAAAGUGCAGUAGACCCUUCUACUCAAGUCAUCUACUCGGAAAAUCCCGACCCGAAUUUCGUCAAAAACGGCGACUUUUCCUACGCCAUUGUUGUAGUUGGCGAGGUCCCUUAUGCCGAGAUGUUUGGAGACAGUCAAAACCUCAGCAUAACCGAGCCCGGCCCAAGCACCAUCAGGAAUGUUUGUGGACUUGUCAGGUGUGUUGUUGUCGUUGUUUCGGGCCGGCCCGUUGUGAUGGAGCCCUAUCUUGACAAGAUAGAUGCGCUUGUGGCUGCAUGGCUUCCCGGGACAGAAGGGCAGGGUCUGACCGAUGCCUUGUUUGGGGACUACGGGUUUACGGGGAAGCUUGCUAGGACUUGGUUCAAGUCGGUGGAUCAGCUGCCCAUGAAUGUGGGGGACCCGCACUACGACCCGCUUUUCGCGUUCGGGUUUGGUCUUACCACUAAAGGUAGGCAUGAAAAUUGA